ACAGACCUAAUUUUGUUUUACCCAAGCCAUAUGGGCUUUCAUCAUUGUAGUCUUCGCCGCAUCCUCCGAUCAAACGUUAACAGCACCUCCCUGAGGUCAAUAUCAGUCUCAUCGUUAAAAUACCCCAGGUUUCCCCGGGCUCAGAUAGUGAAUAGAUCAGCUCUUAUUUCAACCUCCCUCCGGAGAGUUCCAUUCAUGUCCUUUUUUGGAGGUCUCCUCAAUCGCUUUUCUACAUACGCACCCACCUCUGCGCCGAUGGAAUAUCCUGAUACACGAACAGAGGAUGAAUGGCGAGCAAUUUUAAGUCCUGAACAAUUCCGUAUCCUGCGUAGGAAAGGUACCGAAGCCGCCUUUACCGGCGAAUACGACAAGCACAAACCAACAUCCGGCGUCUACCACUGCGCUGGUUGCAAUGCGCCUCUCUAUAAGGCCGAGCACAAGUUUACCUCUGGCUGCGGCUGGCCCGCGUAUUUCGACUGUAUCCCUGGUGCGGUGACGCGACAUGAAGAUCGUUCAUUUGGUAUGACACGGACAGAAAUUGUGUGUUCAAAUUGCGGAGGACAUCUAGGCCAUGUAUUCAAGGGAGAAGGAUAUCCAACGCCCACGGACGAGAGGCAUUGCGUUAAUAGCAUAAGUUUGAAGUUCUCGAAUAAGAAAGGGGAAGGGAAAUAGGUAGCCUUUUGGAGAGUUAAUUUCCAUGGAGUUAUAUCGCAUUAAAUUGUAUAUACGUGGGUAUAGACUUGAGGACCAGGCGUUAGAUCAUAAGACUAAUCUGACCGUACUGUUAAGUUCAUCCAAACUGCCAGGGUAUUAAAAAGGUAGUACCAAGCAGCAUUCUACCAGGGGGAAUUUUCCUUUUUAAGGCUGGAAAGAGUAAAUAUCCAAACUUCAAGGGCAAAACAAAUAGGCAUAUGGGAGUAAAAAUGUAUUUCUAUUCUUUCAUCCCCUUCGCGCUGCGCUGGCUUUUGGUAGAUUUCGGGCGGAAGGCAGGCUGGAGCUGGGUGCGCGGUGCCCUAGCUGGAGACUCAAUAAGCUCUGUGGAGACAGUCCUUUGGCUCUGUGUGUCGCCAGACUCUGGGCUCUUUGCAACUUCGGAUUCUCGCUCUUGUACCCUCCCAGCUCGGCUGGAGGUAUUCGAAUAUGAAGGGUUCUUUGAAGGACUUUGCUUCGUCGAAUCCGACACGCCAGCAGCAGGUAUAACUUGAUAAGGGAGGGCAGCGAUGCGCUCUGCCUCCAGCUUUUGAUCUUCUUCCCGCUCUCUUCUUUCAUUUAUCUCAGCCAUAUACGCAUCGAAUCUUUCUCGUUCACUGGUUUUGGCCCAGCCCAGCUGAGUCCUAUCCGAACGAAUAGACUCGACGGUGGAUGGUGUAUUUUUCAAGAGUAGCUCUAGCGGGACAACCUCAUGUUCGGAAAAUCGCUGAUAUGGUGGAACCGACUUAUGUGAUCCGCUUUCGAUGUUAGCAUCACCCUGUCGUGAACGUUCAAUCCGAGCAGAUUUCCUCGUUGCUUCGGUUCCUUGGCCUAUAACGGAUCUUUUGCCUGUGGACUGAUCCCGAAAUUCUUCUAGUCGUUUCAUGAAUUCUGCCACGACAGCGUACUUAAGCCCGAAUCGAUCAGCCAACGCCAUGUGGGCUAAAUCUGGGUACUUUUCGAUCAACUGCUUUAGUGUUAGGGAGGUAUAUGCUUCAGUUUCCUCGGUGUCCUCGUCCAUAUCAAGCCCAGUAAGCUCUUCACGGGUGAUCCCAUAGAAC